AUAAGUGAUAACAUUAUCAACAAGUGCAAAGUUUAUUCAAAACGUAACCGUGAACUCGUAAACAUGGCAAACGUAGUGUUAUUACAAUCGCCACCGCCUAAAUUCGAAGAAUUACAAAAGAAAAUAUUUAAAAAAGAGGCUUUAGAGUUCUUAGCAAAUCUACACAGAACAUUUGAUGAACAAAUAGAAUUUCUCUAUUCGAACAGGCGCCGGCGAAUGGUGGAAAUACAAGCUUCAUCUGUGUUGGAAUUUAAGAAUUCUCCUGAAAGGAGUGACAAAUCAUGGAAUAUAGCUCCUUUGCCUCUUAGAUUACAAAACAGACAUGUAGACUUAGGUGACGUUUCUGCGUCAAACACAGCACACUUUGUCUCCGCACUCAAUGAGGAUGUACAAGGGAUCCAGGUGGACUUUGACGAUGGCCACUGUCCCACCUGGAGGAACCAACUUCUGGCAUUCCAGAACAUUAACCUGGCAGUUAGAGGAAAGCUCCCAGGAGCUCCACUCACUAUCACAACUUGCCCUGUGUUGAUGUUAAGGCCUAGAGCCUGGAAUAUGAUUGAACACAAUAUUUUGAUAGACGGCAAAGAAGCGAUCGGUCCGUUAGUAGACUUCGCGAUUCUGAUGUAUCAUAACGCGAAGAAACUUUACGAAGCAAACAGCGGACCUUACUUCUACCUGUCGAAGUUGGAAAGUGCCUCGGAAGCUCGUCUGUGGAAUGAUAUAUUCGUGUGGGCACAGAGAGAACUCUGCCUACCCCAGGGGACCAUCAAAGCAUGCGUGUUGAUAGAAAACAUUGUAUCGACGUUUGAACUGGAUGAGAUAUUGUUUGCGCUGAGGGAUCACUCGCUUGGAUUAAAUUGCGGCAUAUGGGACUAUUGUGCGUCAAUAGUUGCGAAAUUUGGUCACCGCAGCGAAUAUCAAUUACCUGACAGAAACAAGUACGUCAACAUGGACAGACAUUUUCUAAGCAGUUAUUUGAAGCUGGUCGUUAAAACUUGCCACGCUAGAGGCGCGCCGGCCACUGGCGGAAUGGCGGCUGCCAUGCUCAAACCUGGCACGGAUGGCACCGAUAAAGAAUCAAAAAUGAAAAUCAGCAAGAUAUUAGAAGCCAAGUUGAAGGAAAUAGACUGUGGCGUAGAUGGGUUCAUGGUUUACGACACUCGAGUUGCACCACAUGUGAACGAGCUCUGGAAGAAACACGGCGCUAUGCCGAAUCAAAUAUCGCGUAAAUUCGACUACGUCAUAACCGCCCAAGACUUACUUUCCAUUCCCACUGGUGGGGUAACGCUACAAGGCCUGAAGCAUAACGUCGCUAUAUCCAUACUGUUUAUUUACUACUGGCUGGCUGGUAUCGGACAUUUCUUCUACAGCGGUAAUGUUGAAGAUUCCGCCACCGCCGAGAUCUCUAGAUAUCAGAUAUGGCAAUGGAUUAGGUUUGCGCCUGCUCUAGAGGACGAUCCGAAACAGCGCGUAACGUCUCAGUUUGUUGAGAAGACGGCGGCCAACUUCGCUGCGCACGCGCAUAAGAAUUUGUGCAGAUCUAGCGCUGAGAGGAAACGGCUCACCGCCGCGAGGUAUAUGAGCCUAGAGCUGUUUCUGUCUAGAAAUCCUCCAGAGUUCAUCACUACGUAUCUGAAUGAUAAUCAUAAGUUCAGAACUUUGCAUAACAAAGCGCUUUUGAGCAAUCUGUGAUUAUUGCCAAAUAUUUAUAUUGUAAUAAUAUAUUUAUUGGAUAUUGUAUAAUGACUUGUGCUCGACACUAAAGAAAAAAAAUGAAAAUAAUUACUUUUAUUAGUUAAAUAAAAUUUAUAAAGAAGUAGAAAGAAAUAAAAAAAAAAUAGAUUCAUUAGGAAUUUAUGAGAACGUAUUUUUUUAUCAUAAUUUGUUUUAUUCUUAAAAGAAAUGAUGAUGAGAUGUUGUCUUAAAAUUUAUGAAUACUGACAAACCAAAAUAAUAUUUUCGUCAUAGACAUAUCUUAGAAACUAUUGCCUAUUUUAUUUUAGAUCUCCAUAAAGGGAUAUUUUAUUUUGUAAAUUUCUAUUUAUUGUUUAUUAUAUACAUUAUGUUUUAAUGAUUUAUUAUAUUUUAAAACCGGU